AUGGCGGAACUCAAACAUCCCCUUCCGUCAGAGAGGAUUGAAAGCCUCCGCGACCACGACAACGCGGUCGAGAGUUCUCGUUCAAUUGACCCAGAAUCAGGUGUCAAAAGAGGUCUGGCAACUCGACAUCUCAGUAUGAUGGCUCUCGCAGGCAUUAUUGGGCCAGGUUUACUCGUUGGUUCAGGAGGGGCUCUGUCUAGCGGUGGCCCUGCUUCACUUAUAAUCGGCUUUGGCAUUGUCGGCAUUCUUGCGUUCAGCAUCAUGCAAUCUCUGGGAGAGCUGACGACACUGUAUCCCAGCGGCGGUGCCUUUAUGCACUUGGCAGAUCGAUUCGUGGAUAAGGCUUUCGGUGUGGCAGUGGGCUGGAACUAUUUCAUCAUCUGGUUUGCCGUCCUAGCAAAUGAAUAUAAUGUGAUAUGCUCGAUCUUUGUCUUUUGGUCCGACAAAGUCCCGCUAUGGGGCUACUUUCUGAUCUUCUGGUCUGCAUUUCUAGGCUUUCAGCUUCUAGGUGUUACAGCUUUUGGCGAAGCCGAAUUUUGGCUUGCUCUACUCAAGCUCAUAGGACUUGUUGUUUUCUUUCUCUUCGCCAUUAUCUACGCUAGCGGGGGCUUGAUUGGGCAAGAUGAAGUUUUAGGCUUCCGCUACUGGCACAACCCUGGCGCAUUCCCAAAUGGUUUUCGAGGAGUUGCUACAGUCUUUGUCUUCUGCUCUACCUUUUAUGCUGGAGUGGAAUCGGUCGCGGUUGCCGCAACUGAAACGAAGAAUCCUUCAAAAGCUGUUCCUCUUGCCAUCAGGCAGGUCGUCUGGCGGAUCCUUUUCAUCUACAUGGGAAGCGCUUUCUUUUUCGGCCUAGUCUGUCCCUCCAACGCGGAUGGCCUUGUGAAUGGCGCUUCAAGGGCCCUCAAAUCCCCAAUGACAAUCGCUAUUCAAAAUGCCGGCUGGGAAGGCGGUGUCCAUCUCAUCAACGCCUUCAUCUUUGCAACCUGCCUUUCCGCUGUUAAUGCAUCUAUCUACAUCGGCUCUCGCACAAUCCUCUUCAUGGCCCAGGACGGCAAGGCACCCAGAUUCCUUGGCCGGACGAACGAAAGGGGCGUUCCUGUUUACGCAAUCGUCUUCACCAACCUCUUGGGCGCAUUGUCGAUGAUGAACGUCAGCACGGGCGCAGGCAAAGCAUAUGGCUACAUUGUCAACUUGUCUGGUGUUUCGACCUUCCUAGUUUGGGGAGCUAUUUCAUUCACUCACAUUCGUUUCCGACAGGCAUGGACCUACCAGGGCCGCACACCUGCUGAAUUACCUUUCCAAUCUUUCGCAUACCCUUGGAACGCAUAUUUUGGUCUGGCUGCAAAUCUCUUCUUGGUAGUUGUCCAGGGUUGGCAGACUCUGAGCCCGUUUAAUGCUGGUAACUUUGUUGAUGCAUAUAUCCUUCUGCCGAUGUUUCCCAUGAUCUAUUUUGGUUUCAAGAUUUGGAAGAAGACAAGAUAUUGGAGACUGGACGAGAUUGAUCUGGAUAGCGGAAGGCGGAAGGAUCUAGACAAGGCUGUGAGAGAAGUUACUGAGGGCUUUUCAAGUGAGAAUGAUGAAGGUAAUGCCAAUGGCGGUGCAAAGAAGUCCUUGUGGAAGAGACUCUGGAGGAAUUUCUAG